AUGGCCUCAUCAAUGAACAAGAUCCUGCUCAAGAAUGGAGUGCUUCUCGUCCACGGAGAUGACGGGAAAGUAACCCCUACACGGUCGGACUUGAUGAUUGAAGGAGAUCAGAUCACUCAGAUCAACAACAAUAUCGAGGCCGACACCAAUGACGUCAAAAUUUUCGAUUGCGAAGAGAAAAUCGUGUCGCCUGGUUUCAUCAGCACACACCACCACGUCUGGCAGACCGCCCUCAAGGGUCGUCACGUUAACCACACCCUGCUUGAAUACUUUCCGCGCGGCAACUUUAGCGGUAGCUUUUACUCCCUCAAGGACGCCUUUUGGGGAGAGCUAGGUGGCGCACUUGAAGCCAUCGACGGUGGUACCACCACGGUCGUUGAUCACUCCAGUCUGAAUAUUGGCCCCGAAUUUCCACCAACAAUGAUAGAAGCUCUUACUGCUUCUGGGAUUCGAGCCGUGUACUGCUAUUGCGUUCCUAGAGCGAUCUCCAGCUGGAGUCCGCUUACAGUGCAUGAUGACUACGCUUCCUCGAGCGGUCUUGAAUCAUGGAAGUCCCUUGCCGCAAAGGGCCCAUACGGAGAUGGGAGGAUUCAACUUGGCUUUGUCGUGGACAAUAUUUAUCAGUCGGCUGACGAGAUGAAGAAGCUGUACUCGGAGCUGCGGGCUGCGAAGGCCAAGGUCAUUACUUCUCACUCUGCAGCAGGCCUGCUUUUCGGUAAUGGGCCGUCUGUGGUACAGCUUCUCAAUAGCCACGGCCUUCUCGGCCCCGAUAUCCUAAUUUCGCACGCAAACUUCCCCAAUGAUGGUGACGCGGAGCUGAUCGCUGAACAUGAUGUCUACAUCUCCUCGACUCCCAACACCGAGCUCCAGUUAGGUUGGCCCCCGGUCGGGCUUCUUCCAGAGUUUGAGGCGCAUUCCAGUUUGGGUGUGGACUGCCACUCUUAUGGCAACAGCUUCAUGCCGAGCCAGAUGCGUCUCGGCCUACAAUACGCCCGCACCGAGCGCCAGGAGACCCUCCGCAGACAGGGCAAGUGGAGUCGUCACGUCGGCCCGUUGGCGGAGCAGGCCUUCAACCUGGCAACUAUUGGCGGCGCUAAAGCAAUCGGCAUGGCGGGCAAGGUUGGACAGAUUCGCGUUGGCGCCAAGGCAGACCUUGUGAUCUUUGAUACCAGCAGCCCCUCAAUGGUCCCCGCCGCCGAAGAGGACCCUGUCGCCGCAGUGGUUUUCCACUCCAGUGAACGCGACGUAGAGACCGUCAUAGUCGGUGGUACUGUGAGAAAGGAGGUGGGAAAGUUACUGCCUGUCACUGUUGCUGGGGAAGUACACGGGGCAAACAGCCUGGGUCUCAAGGACAAGCAGUUUGCCUGGAAGGAUAUAGCCAGAGAGCUUGUCGAGAGCCGGAAGAGGUUGAACAAGAAGGUUGAGGGCAUUGACAUGGAGGCUGCCGAGGAAACUAUCAUGAAUGAAUUUCACAUGAACCGCAAGGACAUGCUUGAGCAAGAAUAA